AUGCCACCCAGAUUCCUUCGUGGUAGAGGCAAAGGACCCGUGUCAGGUCAUGAUCACGAGGCCGGGCCGUCGCAUCGACGUACUCCUUCCAUCACCAUGAGCACCAGCCCGCAAGAGCCAUGGAGGCUCUAUAUUGAACCUGGAAGGCGAUCUGUAUCCCUUAGCUCCUCUCCUUCGUACCAACACCCUUUUGGGCCCCAUUCAGAAAACGAGCCCAACAACCAGCCGCCAGCUUUCAUACCUCUUCAGAGAUCCAACUCUCAUCACUCUUUUGGCGACCCAACACCCGUUUUCCAAAGCCGAUUUAACCCGGCUAACCUUCUGCCAGAACCCGUGGGUUUCAACCCACUUGGACCAGAAGACCACUUUUCAGGGGAAAACGACAUGGACGAGGAUACUGACCCCGUGGAACCUGCAUUAGGAACGCCGAAUCAUCCCAUUGAAAUCUCAGAUGGGUCAUCAUUCCAUGGAUCGCCAUAUAGCGGACCGGACAGUUUUAUGGAGAAGUUCAACCAGUAUGAUUGGUACUUCACCCCGUCUGAACACUCGCAUCAUCAGCAGCAACAGGAUCCUUCGGUGGGUCAACAGUUUGUGGCAGCUACGCCACCGCCACCACCGCCACAUCAGCCACCUCCUCCACCGGUGUACCAGCCGCCACAGCCACAGAUUCAGCAGGAAGUCCUUGAGAGGCUAAACCAAGUUGAACAAGAAGUUCGUGAAGACCGCAGAGAGCGGCAAGGUUUCUUCAAAGGGCUGUCAGACUUGCUUAAGGGGAAGUCGAAGAGGAGGGGUCAUUAA